AUGGUACUGGAUGAGAAAAACCGGAGCUCUGUGACCACAUUCGUCCUCCUGGGCUUCUCAGAAUACCCACACUUCUGGGUACUGCUCUUUCUGGCAUUCUUGACCAUCUACACAGUCACUCUGGUGGGAAACCUGGGCAUAAUAGCGGUCAUAAGGAUCAAUCCUAAAGUCCACACACCCAUGUACUUUUUCCUCUGCCAUCUAUCCUUUUUGGAUAUUUGUUAUUCCAGUGUGUUUACACCCAAACUGCUAGAAAUCUUGGUUGUUGAAGCCAGAAGUAUCACUUUCAGAGGCUGCAUGGUACUAUUUUUCUUUGGCUGCACAUUUGUGAUUACAGAAAUGUUCGUGUUAGCGGUGAUGGCCUAUGACCGAUUUGUGGCUGUUUGUAACCCCUUGCUCUACACAGUUGCCAUGUCUCCUAAGCUCUGUGCUCUCCUGGUAGCUGGGUCCUACACAUGGGGUGGGAUCUGUUCCCUGACACUCACAUAUUCUCUUGCGGAACUAUCCUUCUGUGGCUCAAACAUCAUAAAUCACUCUGGCUGUGAGUAUUCUGCCAUCCUCUCUCUCUCCUGCUCUGGCCCUUACUUUAGCCAGAUGGCGUGUUUAAUCAUUUCUACUUUCAAUGAGACUAGUAGCCUCCUGAUUAUCCUCACUUCCUACAUUUUCAUCGUUUUCACUACCAUCAAGAUGACUUCUUCUGGUGGACUCCAUAAAGCCUUCUCCACCUGUGCCUCCCACCUGACUGCCAUCACCAUCUUCCAUGGCACCAUCCUUCUGCUCUACUGUGUGCCCAACUCCAAAAGCUCCUGGCUCCUGGUCAAAGUGGCCACUGUGUUUUUCACAGUCAUGAUCCCCAUGCUGAACCCCUUAAUCUACAGUCUUAGAAACAAAGAUGUGAAGGGGACAGUUAUUAAGUUAAUCGUCACCAAACUCCUUUCUCACUCAAUAUAA